AUGAUUGACUUUGAGAGCCUUGAUAAUGUGAUUUCGAAGGUUCACAAAGAGUGGAAAACCCUUAUUAAAGAUGUAGAAGCGGAUUUCAAUAGAUAUUUAAGUGUUUUUGAUGUUUUCAAAGAAGUUUCAUCUGUUUUGAAUCUCAAACAAUACAAUUGCCCACUGAUGAUAUCUAACAUAUUUGAUAAGUUUCACAAUAUCGGUGGCGUUAUCGUCUGUCCUGGAGUUCCUGGCUCUCAAGAAAAAACAUACGAACACUUGUCACGUAUUCUGUUUGAAAUAUCUGCAUUUUACUCAAAUAUUAGCGAAUCUAUUAACCUUUUCUGCCUUCCCGAGUUCCUUGAUGACAUUUCAAACGAUUUAUCCGUUUUACAAAAGCUAAAGUCAAAUGUUGAUGCAUUUUACAUGGUAUUCACAAUAGAAAGACAGCAAACAGAUGAUAAUUUCAAGAGUUUAACAAUGCUGAAAGAAAAUAUUGAUCAACUAUUUCUGAAGAAAGAAAAAAAGAAAGUCAAAACGGAAAUGCAGAAUUACGCUUUUCUAGCAGCAAAAGUUCGUAAAAAAUGCUUGAUGUUGAACUUAUACGCAGAAAAAUACAUAUCUUUAGUGAAAUCAGCAAGCUCAUCCAUCAAAACAAUGCAAAACAAAAUCAGCAGUUGUGCGAUACAGUUUUUAUAUAGAUACGUUGAAGUAAUUCGAGGAUUUUCGUUUGGAAUUACAAAAUGCUUUGAUUCCAUCAUUAAACCAAGAACAGAUUUAAUGCAUGACUUACGAGAGUUCAUAUUAUACACUAAAAUUGCCAGAACUCGUUUGAAAUUUUUCGAACCAACAGAUGUCGUCUUUACUUUCCAAGAUGUUGCUUUAAUGUCAAAGAUUACGCGAAAGAACUACCUAGAAACCGACGCUCCUCUUUCUAUUGGUGUUGCGAAGUUCGAUUUCACAGGAGAAAAUAUUAAUGAGCUUUCUGUUAAAGAAGGUCAAGAAAUUUAUCUAUACGAAACACCAGUAGAUCAAUGGGUUCUUGCUUCUGAUACCCCGUUUCAACCAAAAGGCUUUGUUCCUGUCAAAUGCAUUGAAUUGAAGAAACUCCGGUUCGCAAUCUCUUCGGCCAUCAGAAUUCCGAUAGGAGACGAUGGGUUUUUGCCGUUAUCAUCUGGACAAUUAAUUAUUGUUAACUCCAAUAAGGUUGAUGACGAUAUAUUGGAAUGCAGAGAUCUCAAGGGUAAUACAGGUCAUGUUUAUCGCGAAGACAUUGUGAUCGAAUGA